CAAUCCUGCUGAUAAAAGACCUUCUGCUUUAAGAGAAGGCACUGAAGGUAGAGCUCUCCAAGAAUCCAUCAGGAAAAGCAUCAAUCAUGAAUGGGCCGGUGGAUGGUUUAUGCGAUUACACGCUGGAUGGUGAAGGGGCUUUCAUGUUCACAUCGGAGUCGGUGGGAGAAGGACAUCCAGAUAAAAUCUGUGAUCAGAUCAGCGAUGCUGUACUAGAUGCCCAUCUCAAACAGGACCCAAAUGCCAAGGUUGCUUGUGAGACAGUGUGUAAGACAGGAAUGGUGUUGCUCUGUGGGGAGAUCACAUCUCGUGCUAUUGUGGAUUACCAACGAGUUGUCCGAGAUGCAAUUAGACAUAUUGGCUAUGAUGAUUCAGCUAAAGGCUUUGACUACAAGACUUGUAAUGUCUUAGUGGCACUGGAACAGCAGUCACCUGAUAUUGCCCAAGGGGUUCAUUUACACAGGGAUGAAGAGGAUGUUGGUGCUGGAGAUCAGGGUUUGAUGUUUGGUUAUGCAACAGAUGAGACAGAAGAAUGCAUGCCUCUAACGAUUAUUCUUGCCCAUAAACUGAAUGCCAGGUUAGCAGAGCUGAGGCGUAACGGAGAGCUUCCUUGGCUGAGGCCUGACUCUAAGACACAGGUCACAGUUCAGUAUAUCCAGGAGAAUGGAGCAGUUAUCCCUGUGCGUGUUCACACCAUCGUGAUAUCUGUGCAGCAUGAUGAAAGCGUUUCGCUGGAGAGCAUGCGCAGGACUCUGAAGGAUCGUGUCAUCAAAGCUGUUGUCCCUGCAAAAUACUUGGAUGAGAAAACUGUUUAUCACCUUCAACCUAGUGGACGUUUUGUUAUUGGAGGGCCUCAGGGUGAUGCUGGUGUUACUGGUCGAAAGAUCAUUGUGGAUACCUACGGUGGCUGGGGAGCCCAUGGAGGUGGAGCCUUUUCUGGCAAAGACUACACAAAGGUGGACCGCUCAGCUGCAUAUGCAGCCCGGUGGGUGGCCAAGUCUCUGGUGAAGGCUGGGCUCUGUCGCCGUGUUCUGGUUCAGGUUUCUUACGCCAUUGGGGUUUCUCAUCCACUGUCCAUUUCCCUGUUCACUUACGGAACUUCCCAAAAAACAGAGAAAGAGCUGCUGGACAUUGUGCACAAAAACUUUGAUCUUCGUCCUGGAGUCAUUGUUAGGGAUUUGGACCUAAAAAAGCCCAUUUACCAGAAGACUGCAUGUUACGGUCACUUUGGAAGAAAUGAAUUCUCGUGGGAGGUGCCUAAAAAACUUGUGUUUUGA